AGCCGAAAGCAUCGUUCACACAUUAUAAAUUAAUUAUAACAUCUGAAAAUACAGAAACGUGCAAAUGUUCUUUCUAGUUAUUAUUGAUUCGAUAAGCCCAUAAAAAGGGGACAAAAAUUGUUGUCCAAAGUCAACGAUUUUUUAAAUCACUGACGUCUUUUGUUUUCCAUUGAUAAAGUAUCCCUCUACUGGAAAUCUUGAGAAUCGUAAGAAAAUUAUCAUAAAUCAGAGUUGUGCAGAUGAUGUCAUGAUACGGUGACACUCGCGCGUACAGUUGCAGUUCCUUAUUCUAAUUAAAAGUUGAAGCCAGAUCAUUCGAAUAGAUUGUAAAAGUGUACCAUGUUCGAUCGCAAAGCGAUAGUAUCGUGCCCAUACGAUAGCACCCACAAGAUUAAAGAGAGCGUGUUGCCUUAUCAUUUGAUACGAUGCCGGCGAAACCAAAUAAAUUUGCGAAAAGUUAUAUGCCCCUACAACGUGUGGCAUGUGAUCGACGAAAAAGAAAUCGAGGAACACGUGGCGUGUUGUCCCAGCAGCGGGACCAUCAAGAAUUUAGAAUAUUGUUAUAGACCAUUAUACGAGUUGGGAACAGUAUCAUUGGAAACUACUAAGAACUUGCCUGUUGCUAAAAUGGAAGAUUGGAAAGAGGAAAAUGUACCCCAAUAUGAUCCUUGGAAAGUUACUGAGAGCAGAGAUGUAAUAAGGUGUUUGAUAGGAGGGACAAGAUCACAGAAAAAGAAAUUUAGAGAAUAUGAACAAAAAAGAUGGUCAAAUCUUUCAGAUGAAAGAACAUGGUCUCCGAACCUGCGACAGCAAUUUAAAACUUUACACAUAACUCCACAGAAAAUGUCGACGAAGGUAUUGAACCUUGCACAACUUAUUAAGAGCUUGGAACAUUUACAAUUCGAAGAUAUUGAUGUCAUUGCGAAUAAUAUUGAUCUUGAAAAGCUGAUUAUAAGCGAUGUAAAGCGUAGAAAUGCUACGAUCAAUGGGGAGCCUAUUCCAAAAAUCAUUGAAGAGGUAUUAGUGAAAGAACUUAGAAAACUUGUAGUUCACUGCUUGAAGGAAUGAAUCUCUGACAAUAACAUUGUGUAUACAGAUAUGCAGUAUUAUGUUUGCAUGACAGUAGCCUAAUACGUAUAUAGAUAUAUAUAAUAAAAAAUAAAGUGCAAAAGCAGGCUAUGGCACGAGAAACAGUGAGGCUUAAGUUUUUAUUUGUCUAUUCGUGUUGAUACUAUUAUGAUUAAAAUAAAGACAUUACACAUUAA